AUGGCUUUUACCCAACCUAGGCAAACAAAAAAUGAUUGGUCUGAUGAGGAUGAAGAAUGUGAUAUGGAAUUAGAUUUAGGAUCUACAGCAAUAAAAAAGACUCUUGAUGGUGGUAGUUUAUGGUCUAAUGUUAUAACUGAACAAAUAUUAGAAGAAGGAACAUCUGCGACUUCAUUAAUUGGUAAUAAAGGUUUUUCAAGAGAAGUUGAAAGUUAUUCAAUUCCUAAGAAUGUUAAAAUAUCUGAUGAAGAAAAAAAGGAAACGUUAAUAUUUGAUAAAAAAAAAUUUUGCGCUGAUUUGUUUAGUGAUUUUGGAGUAGACAACGGUGUUGAGGAAGAAUUUGGUGUUAUUGGUUCGGGUACAAAACUUCAGAAUAUUGGUAGUAUCAAACAUAAUGAUAAAAAAAAAGGUUAUACAAAGAAACCGUAUGCAAAAAAUAAUCAAGGUACUUUCAAAAUUAAUCCUAAUAAUCAGAAGACGGAGAGGUAUGCAGACAAAACAAUUCUAUAUAAAUUACCAGAAUCUUGUGAUAACGAUACAUUUAUUAAAGCCUUAGCCGAGGGACUUUCUGAAAGAUGUGUAGAAUUAAUUGAACGAUCUGUUUGUGUUCUUGGUCAGGAAAGAUGUCGUGAAAUUUUUGAAAUGGUUCGCCAAACUGAGAUAAAUGGUGGUAUGAAAACACUAGAUGAAAGAAGAAGAAGAUCACCAGGGGGAAUUUACAUUUAUCAUCUCAAGAAUCACCCUGAUAUUACUAAACAGGAAAAGAAAUGUAUUAUCAAUCCACCAAAAAAAAACUGA